AUGGAAACAAGAAGCUUUGAUAAUAUUGUUAUUGAAGGAUAUAUUAUUGAUGGCAAAUAUAAUGGUGAAGUUAAAAUCACCCAAAAAGAAAUCAAACAAGAGAUUUAUUAUACUAUGAAAAGUGGAAUGGUUUUAGUAAUAAAUCAAAUUCCUAGUGUUGAAGAACAUAUCUUUGAACUAUUUCCUUUUCCUCAUUCAUAUGAAAUAGAACAAAUAGUAAAUGAGUACCAAUUUAUUUUUUCAAAAUUAAAUAUUUUUGAAGAAGUUAUUGUUAGUGCUGAAAGUAUUCAACAAGUUAUUGAGACAAGUGAAAAAAUUGAAGAACUUAUACUUUUAUUAGAAUUAUUAUCUAAACCAAUUUCAAUUCCAAUUAAUAUAAGCUUUUUAAAUACAAAAACUGGAGAGUUACAAAAUUUGAUUGACGUUAUAAGUUAUUCAACCUUUCUUGAAAGAGUUAUAAAGAAUCUAUGUUUUGGUAAUUAUUUAUAUUUAGUUUUAUGUAAACGAUGUUUAGAACAUUGUUUAUUAUUUUCAAUGAAUAAAGAAAUUGGAAUGGUUCUUGGUGAAUUAUUAAAAAAUAUAGAAAAUAAUUGUUCAGAAGAAAAUAAAAGAAAUAUAACAUCAUCAAUUCAAGUUUUAUGUUCUAAUUGUCAAAUAAAAACAUUAGAACAAUAUACAUUAUUAAAAAGAAUAAAAAUUAUAAAAAGUUUUUGGAGAAACAUUAAAGAAAAUGAAAAAGAACGAUUUAUAAGAAAACAAAUAAAAGAAAUUGGAUUUAUGUUAUACCAACAUAAUCAAAUUAUUCAAAAUCCCAAAAAGUUAAUGAUAGAAACAUGGAAAUAUAUUUAUAAUAUAUUAAAAACAAAUGAUAAUAUAAUUAAUAUAAUUAAACCAUUAUUUAUAAUUAUUAUAGCAUCAUACAGUAAAAAUUAUAUUGAAAAUAUUGGAUGGAUUAUUGAUAUUUGUAAAAACUAUAUUGAAAUGAAUCUUGUUUGUAAUAAUAGUGAAUGUGACGGUUAUAUAUUAACUAUAAUUGAAGAAUGCAAAAUGAUACUAAUUGAUCAAACAAAACCGAUUGAUGAUGUAAUAAAUAAUAGUAUUAAAAAUGUUUGGAAUAAUGAAAUAUCAAUUGAAUACUUCAAAAGUAUAGAAAUAAUUGAAAAACAAUUAAAUAAUAAAAUACCAUUAUGGAAUUAUCAAAUAAAAGAUUAUGAAAUUAUUCCUAUAAAUUCAAAAAAUGUAGUUGAAUCAAUUUCUAAAGGAAAUAUUGAUUUAUUUCAUUUUAUUAUUUCAGGUUCUAAUCCAAUACUAAAAGAGUACUUAACUCAUUUUUUACUUUAUAUUCAUUUUCCAUGGGAAAGAAAUAUUGAAAAUGGUAGUACUAAUCAAACUUUCCAUGUAACAGAAAAAACAACAAGAUGUCUUUUAUUUUAUUUAAUGUAUUCUCUUGGAAAUUCACAAAUUUUUGAAGGAAAUGAAUCACUUCAAAAAUUAUUUCUAAAAUUAAUUAAAAAUUUAAUUGAAAGAGAUGAUAUUAAAAUGAUUACUUUAAACCAAAAUAAUAAAGAAAAUGCAAUGAUUCUAAAGAGAUAUUUUAAAAUAACAAAAGACAUUCAAUGUAGUUUAUAUUAUUUUCAUUCAGUAUUAUUAAAUAAUAUUAAUAAUAUUAAUUUUAUAAAAAAUGAGUUAAUUAGUAUUUAUGAACAAUAUCUUCAUUCUCAAAAUGAUCAAUUAAAUGAAAUGAUGAUAAAAAAUAGACAACAUAUUUCUGAAUUAUUUAAACAUUUAAAUGAUAAAAAAGAAUUAGAAAAUUAUGCAUUGAAGUUUCUUGGAGAAAUUUGUGUAAAGACAGAAGAUACUUCAAUAAUUCAAAUAGAACAAAAUGAAAAAUAUAUAAAGAAAUUAAUUUUUAAAUCAAGAAAUAAUUUAAUAAAAUAUUUUAAUAAAAUUAAUGAAAAUGAAUUAUUAAUUGGUAAAGAAUUAGGAAAAGGUGUUUAUGCAACAGUUAAGUCUGGAUAUUAUAAAGGAAAUAAAGUUGCAAUUAAAAUCUUUAAUGAAAAUUCUUAUCAAUUUAGAAGUGAAGAUUUUCUUCAAGAAAUAGCUAUUAUGAGUUUAUUACAUAAUGAAAAUAUUAUUAAAACAUAUGGUGCUACAGUUAAUAUGAAAUUAAAUGAAGAAUCAACAUUUUAUAUUAUUAGUGAAUUGGCAAUAAAUGGAAAUUUAGAAGAACUAAUUUAUAAAAAAUCUAUUCAUGAAGAAAAUAAAUUAAAAAUGAUUUUAGAAAUUGCCAAAGGAUUAAAAUAUCUUCAUGAAUUGAAAAUAAUUCAUAGAGACCUUAAACCAGCAAAUAUUUUAAUAGGAAAUAAUUUCACUAUAAAAAUAUCUGAUUUUGGUCUUUCUGCUUUUGUUAAUGAAAAAAAAUUAGACGUUAUUUUGGGUUCUUAUAAAUGGAUGUCUCCUGAACGUUUUUUAAAGAAAAAAUAUGGCAAACCAGCAGAUGUAUAUGCCUUUGGUAUUAUCUCAUGGCAAAUACUUGAAUUGGAUGAACCAUUUCAACAAUACGUUUCAGUUGAGGAUUUGCAAAAUGCAAUUUGCUCUUUAAAUGAAAGACCUCCACUGACAAAUAUUUCAAUUAAUAUGAAGAAGUUAUUAGCCCGUUGUUGGAAUAAAACUCCAAAUAAAAGACCAAACUUUGUUUCAAUAAUUAAAGAAUUAUUAAUCAAUUCAAUUGACUAA